AUUGUACGGGUACGGUGCGGGCACACAGCAAAGGCGAACCCCCAAUAUAUUUCUAAAUUGGCUGUGCUUUCCAAAAAACGACAAAUCAGUGAAUUAGUUUGCCAAAAAAAUAUAACAAAAAUACCGUAUUGGAAAUGUCCUGAAUAGUGCUGAUCUUUUUUUUGUUUUCUUUGUGUUAGUGUGUCUGUGUGUAUCGUCGUCGUGUAUGGUGCUAAAAUUUACACAUACCCACCUACACACACUUAUACACAACACACAAACAUACAUAGGCGCGCAUAUAUCUACAAUACAUACGUUAAAGAUAAACUCGGCUCGCCAACGGGCGGCUCCGAUGACGGCAACCUAGCGGCAUUGGGCGGUAUAACGGGUCUCGGCGCCAUGAUGGCCGCUGGUGGCAUUGAUUUGAACGAUCUGGCACAGGAAUUGGAUCAGGAUGAGUUCGAUGGGCCGCAUAUGCUCAAUGGCGAGCGUCCGGCGAUAAUAGCACCGCCGGAGAGCGAAUGGUAUCAUGGACGAUUGGAUCGCUAUUCGGCGGAGGCACGUCUGCGUGGCAGCGGCAAGUUGGGCAGUUAUCUGGUGCGUGAAAGUGAUCGCAAGCCUGGUUCCUAUGUGCUCAGCUAUUGUGGACGCACAGGCAUAAAUCAUUUUCGCAUUACGGCCGUCUGCGGAGACUUUUACAUAGGCGGACGUCAGUUCAUUUCGCUAAGCGAUCUCGUUGGGUAUUAUACCUCGUGCAGUGAUCUGCUGAAGCGCGAGCGUCUGGUCAUACCCGUCGCACCACCGGAGCCAGUGAACGACAAGAAACGCGUGGUUGCCAUUUUGCCAUAUACGAAAAUGCCGGAAACGGACGAGUUGAGCUUUCAGAAGGGCGACAUCUUCUUUGUGCACAAUGACAUGGGCGAUGGCUGGCUGUGGGUGACGGCCCAUCGGACCGGCGAGCAGGGCAUGAUCUUUCGUGAACUGGUCGAUGAUCUGGACGUGUCGAUCGAUCCCAAUACGGUCUUUCCCUGGUUCCAUCCAAAUUGCACCAAAAACGAGGCCGUCGAUAUGCUGGUCAAGGCUGGUCCUGGCAGUUUUCUGGUGCGACCCAGCGACAAUUCUCCGGGUGACUAUUCGCUCUUCUUUCACAUCAACAAUCAGAUACAAAGAUUUCGCAUCGAGAAGAAGGGCGUACGCUAUCUGAUGGGUGGGCGAACGUUCGAAUGCCUCGAUGCGGUGAUUAACCGUUAUCGCAAAGAGCAAAUUGUCGAAGGGCAUUCACUCAAUCAUCCCGUCGUCAACGGCACCCAGCCUGAGUUCAAUCAACAGUAUGUGGUAGAGAAGGCUGCCGAGAAGAUCUAUGCAACGUUGCGCGAGUGCCGCGAUCAGAUUGGCCUGAAGAAGAUCAAGGGCAUCAAACAUCAUGGGCAUCUUAACAAGAAAUCGGACAAGACGACCAAAUGGAAACAACUGUACUUUGCGCUAAUCAACGAUGGCACCGAGACGCAGCUCUGCUUCUAUGACAAUCCAAAAAAGACUAAACCCAAAGGCCUCAUCGAUUUAUCGUGCGCCUAUCUAUAUCAGUGCCAUGAUUCGCUCUGGGAGCGACCCUAUUGCUUCCAGAUAGUGGAACGAGCUCUGCCCUGCCUGGCCACCGUCACCUACCUGUGCGCCCCCAGCCAGGAGAGCUAUGUGGAAUGGAUCAAUGCUCUAAAGGCGCAAUGCGACUCGCAGCUGAGUCGUGCCCAGAAAAAGGUGUCGCGUCUGCGUGAGCUGCGUUGUCUCAACUUGCAUGUGCUGGAGGCACAUCGAUUGCCAUUCAAACUCGUGCCACAUCCCUAUUGCAGUAUUUCCCUAAAUCAGGUCAAGGUCGGCAAGACCAGGGUGAAGAUCGCGCCGGAGCCUGUCUGGGAGGAGGAGUUUGUGCUUGACGAUGUACCACCAGAUGUUGUGUCCCUAACAAUUACCGUCGUCUCACGUGGCAAGCGUGGCAAGGACUCGGAGGUGGCCGAACUAACUAUCGAUUUGGCCAGCCUGAAGAAUGGCCAGGAGACCGAGGACUGGUACAAGCUGACGGGAAUGACGCCGAUGGGCGAGUGGGGCUCGUUGCGCUUGCGCAUGCGCUAUCUGGACGAUCUGAUAAUGCCUUGCGAGGAGUACAGUCCGCUGCAGCAGCUGCUGCUCGAACCGGAGCUGUAUGCUGUGAAGGCGCUGGCCGAGCUCUGUCACAACGAUCGCGUGCCAUUGGCCACGGCAUUGCUGCGUGUCUUUCGGCACGAGAAACGCGAAACGGAAUUGAUACGCAUCCUCUGUCAGGCGGAAGUGGCACGGGAGAAUGAGACGACCACCCUGUUCCGCGGCGCAUCGCUGGCGACAACCCUAAUGGAUCUAUACAUGCGCACCGAAUGCAGCGGCUUCCUUCAAUCGGCCGUCAGCGAGACGGUGCAGCGCAUCUUGGAAAGCAAACAGUCGGCCGAGCUGAAUCCAACCAAAAUGGAUGUCAACGAUGAUGCGUGCACCAAUGCCGAAUUCCUCUUGCAGAUACUCGACUUGGUCACCCAAUCGAUAUUCACAUCGCCGGACGCUUGUCCGCGUAACGUGCGCUACAUCUGCAAUUGCUUGCAGAAGGCAGUUGUUGCCAAGUGGCCGACGGAACGUUUGGUGCGCACGCGUGUUGUGUCCGGUUUUAUAUUCCUGCGUCUGCUCUGUCCUUCGCUGCUCAAUCCACGGCAAUUUGGGUUGGUUAGCGAGACGCCGCCAACGGCGGCAACCCGCUCCCUCAUUAUGGUGGCCAAAUGCUUGCAGAAUCUGGCAAAUCUAAUUGAAUUUGGCGGCAAGGAGCAAUAUAUGGAGGUGGUGAAUCCGUUUAUACUUAAGAAUAAGGAGCGCAUGAUUGUGUUCUUGGAUCAGCUGUCGCUAGUCAGCGAUCCGAAUCCGCCAUUGGGCAUGUUUGGCGAACAAAAUACCAAUCAUAAUGCACAGGAUACGGGUCGCGAAUUAGCCACAUUGCAUCACAUUUGCGUUUCGUAUUUGCCGGAAUUGCAGGAUCUAUCGAAUAUACUAUCGAUCAAAAAGCUGGUGACCGUCACCGAUAUGUUAUCGAAGCACAAAUUGAAAUAUCGCGAGAUGAUCAGCUAAGAUGACGACCGAUAUUUACAACA